CUGCCGGGCUCCAGGCUGGAGGCGACGCCUGCGCAGUGCGGUCGCGGGGCUGUCGUUGUCCCCCGCGCCACCGACCGGGCCUCGAACGGGAUGGCGGAGGAGGUGAGCACCCUGAUGAAGGCCACGGUCCUGAUGCGGCAGCCUGGGCGGGUGCAGAAGAUCAUGGGCGCUCUCCGCAAGGGCGGCGGAGACAGGUUACAGAUUUCUCCAUAUGGUCAUGCUGCUUCCUCUAAUUGGACAGAAGGCGCCCCACACCAGUACCUGGGGCCUUAUCCUCCCCAAGCCAGCGACUCCCCAGUGAUUUCUGAUUUUGACAUGACCUUGAGCAGGUUUGCAUAUAAUGGAAAGCGAUGUCCUUCUUCUUACAAUAUUCUAGAUAAUAGCAAGAUCAUCAGUGAGGAGUGUCGGAAAGAGCUCACAGCUCUCUUUCACCACUAUUACCCAAUUGAGAUCGACCCACACCGGACCAUCAAGGAGAAGCUACCUCAUAUGGUGGAAUGGUGGACCAAAGCGCACAAUCUCCUGUGUCAGCAGAAGAUUCAGAAGUUUCAGAUAGCCCAGGUGGUUACAGAGUCCAAUGCAAUGCUCAGGGAGGGAUACAAGACCUUCUUCAACACACUCUACCGUAACAAUAUUCCCCUUUUCAUCUUUUCUGCGGGCAUUGGUGAUAUCCUGGAAGAAAUUAUCCGACAGAUGAAAGUUUUCCACCCCAACAUCCACAUCGUGUCUAACUACAUGGAUUUUAAUGAAGAUGGUUUUCUCCAGGGAUUUAAGGGCCAGCUCAUACACACAUACAACAAGAACAGCUCCGUGUGUGAGAACUCUGGUUACUUCCAGCAACUUGAGGGCAAAACCAAUGUCAUCCUGCUGGGAGAUUCCAUCGGGGACCUCACCAUGGCCGAUGGGGUUCCUGGUGUGCAGAACAUUCUCAAGAUUGGCUUCCUGAAUGACAAGGUGGAGGAGCGGCGGGAGCGCUACAUGGACUCCUAUGACAUCGUGCUGGAGAAGGACGAGACUCUGGAUGUGGUCAAUGGGCUGCUGCAGCACAUCCUGUGCCAGGGGGACCAGCUGGAGAUGCAAGGCCCCUGAGGGCACAGGCUUCAGCCCGACCUGUAGGCCGUGGUGAGGAGUCCGCGCCCCCAUGAACACAGAGCAGAGGCCAGGGUGGCCAGCAGCGGCUGGGUCCUUCCAUACCCCUCCUUCCUCCUUUCCCUGAGCACCUUCAUCACCAGAGGCUUGAAGGAGCCCCGCCAUAUGGCAGGGCACAAGCACUGUUCCUGGUGAACCUUGGACCACAGCAUGUCAGUGCUCUAGGGAUUGUCCAUUCCAGGGAUUGUUUUCAAAACUUAAAAGUAGGAAGUUGUUCUUCAAACAAAUAUAAUGUGUGAAACAGAUCAAAAUUUUUAAAA